GCACACCGACGCUCCCCUGCGCAAUGACACGUUGACACGUGCCCUGAAGGGGUGACGGAGAGAGAGACCCACGCAGACGGCUCCUUCGCCAACUCGCUACGCUAGCAAAGCGGAGGGCCAGGCGGGAAGGUGAGCUGAAGUUCUGACCCAGGGAAAAAGAAAGAAGAGGCGGACAGAGAGAGAGAGAGAUGGACAGGGGAAGAGGGGAGGACAUGGAUCAAAGCUCGAGGGACGGCGUGGCUGCCAUGGCGCGCUGCUACCAGGACUUCAACCCCAAAGCGUACCUGCAGUACAACUACACGCCCCCGCGCGCGGACUUCACCCGCCCCGACAGCAUCGUGCCCUGGAAGCUGGGCUGCCUGCACAGGGCUUUCACUGAAGGCGACGUUGGCGGGGAGACUCUGGUGGACGUGGGGUCGGGUCCCACCCUGUACCAGGUCCUGAGCGGCUGCGAGCUCUUCGGUCGGGUGGUGCUGACCGACUUCCUGGAGGUGAACCGCAGGGAGCUGAGGCGCUGGCUCCGGGACGAGGAGGGCAGUUUCGACUGGACCCCCUACCUGAAGCACGUCUGCAAGCUGGAGGGACGCGGUCCCGCGGCUUGGCGGGAGAAGGCUGCGCGGCUGCGCUCGGUGGUGACGGAGAUCCUGCCCAUCGACGUGCACCGGCCGUCCCCCCUGCCGCCCGGCUCCCUGCCGUCCCCCGGGGCCGACUGCCUGGUGUCCUCCUUCUGCCUGGAGAGCGUGAGCCCGGACCUGGCCUCCUUCCGCCGGGCCCUGGGCCACCUGUCGGCCCUGCUCAAGCCCGGGGGCCACCUCCUGCUCAUCGGGGCCCUCGGGGAGAGCUACUACAUGGCGGGGCCCGGGGUCCGCAUACCCGUGGUGCCGCUGGACGAGGCGCAGGUGUGCUCCGGUCUCCGGGACAACGGCUACGCCCUGGUCCACCUCAGCACCUACACCCUGCCCCCGGACAUGAGAGUGGGCGUGGACGACGUCAGCGGCAUCUUCUUUGCCAAGGCCAAGAAAAUGGUGUGACAAGGAGCGGGGGAGCAGGGCGAGGGAGGGGAGAGAGGGGUAGAGAGAGAGAGAGAGGGAGGGGGAAGAGAGUGAGAGAGAAAGCGAGAGAGCGGGAGAGUGAGAGAGAUAAAUUGAAAAUUGAAACUGAGAGAGAGAGAGAGAGAGGAAGUGAGCGAGCGAGAGAGAGAGAGAGAGAGAGAGAGGGAGAGAAAGAGAGAGAGAGUGGAGCGUAGGAGAGAGAAAAUGUGGGAAAAUCUGAGAUGUAUCCUGUAAUUAAAUUUUCAUCCAAUAUAUAAAUAACCUCUUCAAUCAGUGUUCCAAAGCUUUGAUUCUGUACUUUGUCUCAGUUUGUCCUGUCCCAUAAUACAUGUGUUGCUGCCCCCUUUUGGACAAUUAGUCUCGAAUAGACCCAUAGUGAAAUGACAAAAGUGAUUUACAUGCACAACUUCAAUUUAAAAAAUAUUAUAUUUUAUCCUCACCAUUAUCCAGAUCCAGGUGCUUAAUAUUUUUUAGUUAUAUAAUUUAAUGUUAUGCACUUCUGUAAAAAAUAGAACAGAUAUCAGGGGGUUGAAUAUUGGAAGCUGAAUAUUGGAAACAUGGCAUUAACCACCCCCAGUCGAAAAGUAGCACUGUGUGUACCAUUUUAUAGCAAUCUCUAAAUAUAUUUAGAGGUUUUUCUGGCGUAUGUCAAAUUACUUGCAAUUUCAUAUGAAUACAUGUUUGCUAUUUAUUUCAUUUAUUUCAUUAGUAUGUUAUGCAAUAUGUCAGUAAAACAGCCUAGGGUACCUGAAUUAUCCACAACUGAAUUGCAUGCUUCCUAUUAAAAUAAAAAUCCAUGAAUGCUCUAUAAUUGGGUGUAAGCCACAAUGUUCUUUUCAUGUAAAUAAGACACAGAAAAUAACAAUUAGGUAAAAUGGCCUUAGAUCCCAUCUAGCGCCAUCUCCAUAUGGCUUAUCUCUAAUAAAAGACGUUUCAAAUGCCACGUGUGUGGCGUUCUGAACCCCACUGUAUGUGUGCACUAAGCUCAGAUGGGAGACAGGAACUCACACAGACUGUGACAGCCUAUUAUUCUCCCCCUCUGCUCUCGUACCUUCUUCAUUGCUGGCUUGUGCGCUGCAAUCCUUUAACGCCUACCUUUUCCAUUUCAUUCACACUAGGUUUACAUUUAUUUUUUAAAAUACAUUAUUAUUACUUUCUGCCCUGCUGGGGCUUAUUGCUUUGGUUAUUGUCGCAAAGUACACGCAGCCCGUCGAGUUAAAAUGACAGCUACGUGCUAAAGCGGCCAAACCUUCAAUGAAAAUAAACCUGUUUUCUUGUG